ACUUACCGAAAAUUGAACUCAUUAGAUGUAUUCUCUUGUGAGCUCUCUCUUCUAAUCUCCUCCAGUGGAAACCCUCGCAUCCACUUUAAACUCGAACCCGCCUCCUCGUUUCUUCAUACCAAUCACACGACCCGCCGCUGCUUCCUCGCGUGUGCAACACUUUCGGCGCAGCUGCAGAACCGGAGACCACCGUCCUCCGUAAUUUGACCCCUCGCGUGUCCUCAACUCUCUUCCACCCUCGCGUGGGUCCGAGAAGCUUUCCCUUUGCGCCAAUACAAAAGCGCUUUUUUCCACUGCUUUUAAGAAAAGCAAAGCUGUCACUUUGCACUGUGAGUGUUGCUGUUUCACUUCCGAACUGUGUCAGUGAACACACAGCAUCUGAUUCCGGAAGAGAUGGGAGAAGGAAAGGGCUCGACUCUGGUGCACCUUCUGGUCGUCGUUCUCAGCUUAGUCGCUUUUGGGUUCGCCAUUGCCGCCGAGAGACGAAGAAGUGUGGGUGAAAUACAUAAGGAUGAACAAACAAAUCAAACUUACUGUGUCUACAACUCAGAUGUUGCCACUGGUUAUGGAGUGGGUGGGUUCUUGUUUCUUCUGUCAGGGGAAUCACUACUCAUGGGUGUCACGAAGUGCAUGUGUUUUGGAAGACCCUUAGCCCCUGGUGGAAAUCGAGCUUGGAGCAUUAUAUAUUUUGUUUCAUCAUUGGUAACUUUUUUGAUUGCAGAAUCAUGCUUGAUUGCUGGUGCUACAAAAAAUGCCUAUCACACCAAGUACCGGGAAAUGAUAUAUGCUCAGAACUUCUCCUGUGAUGCAUUGCGGAAAGGUGUUUUUAUUGCUGGAGCAGUGUUUGUGGUUGCAACAAUGGUCCUCAAUGUCUAUUACUACAUCUACUUCACCAAGGCAACAGCUACUCAGGUAGCUCACAAAGCCAAGCGUACAAGCUCAAACAUUGGGAUGGCUGGGUAUGCAUAGAUAGAAAAGUACUACAACAAGCUAGAUAGCUUCCAAGUCCAGUUUCUCGUCUUGUUUAACAGUUUCCCGAAUGUAAUAUGAGUAAGGGGUGCCUCUGUGAUUGCAGACUUUUUAAGUAUGCGAUUACUUUUGAUAUAUAAUUGGAUUGCAUCUAGUUUA